AUGUUGCUAUCCCUAACGCGUUUAAUCAUAUUUUAUUCAUUUUUCACUAUUAAUAUACGUUUCAAAAUAUUUGGAUCCCAUUGUUCCUUUGCUGAAGAAGUGAAAUUUGAGAGUAAAAUUUUAGAAAAUGAGUAUAUCGUGCAAUACCAACACUAUUAUUUUCCGGCUGCAAGGCGAAAGUUCCUGUAUGCUGCCUUCAACCGCUCAAAUAUUUCUAAAUGGAACAUAGUUGAACGACAAAAUGCUGCGUCCCGUUAUCCAAGUGAUUUUGAUUUGAUCCAAUUAGAUGAGACAAACUAUACGCAUACUGAUUUAUCACAACUCGAAUUGCAUCCAAUUAUCAAGCAAAUAACGCCACAGCGUAGUGUCGAAAGAAUUCUAAAUUUUAAUGGCACUCAUGAGCGCUUGGGCCGACGUCUUUCGCGUUCAUUGCCUUCCCAAGUCACCACCAUGUUAAAGGCUAAUGUGUUGUGGGAUAUGGGUAUUACAGGUGCAGGCGUGAAGAUAGCCGUUUUCGAUACAGGUUUGGCAAAGUCCCACCCUCACUUUCGUCGCGUAAAGGAGCGCACCAACUGGACGAAUGAGAAGUCUUUAGACGACGGCGUUAGUCACGGCACAUUCGUGGCAGGAGUUAUUGCAUCAGCUAAAGAAUGUUUAGGGUUGGCACCGGAUGUAGAGCUUCAUAUAUACAGAGUUUUUACAAAUUCACAGGUUUCAUAUACAUCUUGGUUCUUGGACGCUUUCAACUAUGCUAUCUUUAAAAAAAUAAAAUUUCUAAAUUUGAGCAUAGGCGGACCAGAUUUCUUGGAUCAUCCAUUUGUAGACAAGGUGCUCGAACUAUCCGCAAAUAAAGUUAUCAUGAUCUCGGCAAUUGGAAACGAUGGGCCGCUCUAUGGUACUCUUAACAACCCGGGCGAUCAGAGUGAUGUUAUAGGUGUUGGGGGAAUUAAUUUCGAACAUAAAGUGGCAAAAUUUAGUUCUAGAGGCAUGACCACUUGGGAACUUCCUUGGGGUUAUGGUAGACUGAAACCGGACGUAGUAACGUUCGGUAGUCAGGUUGAGGGUAGUAAUGUUCGUGGCGGUUGUCGAUCGCUUUCUGGUACUUCGGUGGCGUCCCCUGUGGUGGCCGGCGCUGUAGCUUUAAUAGCAAGUGGCGCACUCUCAAAAAUGAAUCUCAUUAAUCCUUCAUCCAUGAAACAGAUAUUGAUCGAAGGAGCUGAACGUCUACCCGAUAACAACAUGUUUGAGCAGGGGCAUGGGAAGCUUGAUAUAUUGAAGAGCAUGCAAUUGCUGUUAACAUAUAAGCCGAGAAUAACGCUCAGUCCUGAAUAUUUGGAUUUCACAGAGAGCUACAUGUGGCCAUAUAGCUCACAGCCGAUUUUCUAUGGCAGUAUGCCGGUCAUCGUAAAUGUGACGAUAUUGAACGGCAUUGCCGUGACGGGAGUGAUUAAAUACGAGCCAGUAUGGCAGCCACACACAGAUAGAUACGGAGAUGUUUUAAAUGUUGCAGUUUCCUAUUCGCCGAGUUUAUGGCCCUGGUCAGGCUGGAUGUCGGUUCAUAUAGCUGUAAACGAAAAUGGUCGUGCUUUUAAAGGCGUCGCUGAAGGUCACAUAAGCCUAGAAAUCGAAUGCUUACAAGAGCAACAAGAAGGAAUAGUUGUGACCAAAAUAAAUUUUCCUCUGAAAGUAACUGUUAUACCAAAACCUCCCAGGAACAAACGAAUUCUUUGGGAUCAAUAUCACAGCUUGAAAUAUCCUCCGGGUUAUAUACCGCGGGACAACCUGAAAAUAAAAUCGGAUCCUCUCGAUUGGCGGGCCGAUCAUCUCCAUACAAACUUUCGAGACUUAUAUACGCAUUUGCGUAAUGCUGGCUACUACAUAGACAUCUUACGUAUGCCGUACACCUGUUUCAAUGCUUCUGAGUACGGGACGCUUCUUGUCGUCGAUCCAGAAGAAGAAUUUUUUGAUGCUGAAAUAAAAAAGGUCGAGAAUGAUGUGUAUAACGAGGGUCUUAGCGUUGUAGUGUUUGCUGAUUGGUAUAAUACUACAGUAAUGAAAAAAAUAAAAUUUUUCGAUGAAAAUACCCGGCAAUGGUGGAUACCAGACACAGGUGGCGCCAAUAUACCAGCACUGAAUGAGUUUUUACAGCCGUAUGGUAUUGCUUUCAGUGAUUUCAUUGCAGAAGGGUUUUUUACAAUGGGCGAUCACUCAAUGUACAUUGCCAGCGGUACAACUUUAGCGAAAAUACCACGCGGAACUGACGAUAUCGUCAUAGGUGCAGAGCUACAUGAUCAUGGAUUUGAGAUUCUAGAAAAUCCCAACAUUGCUGAUGUUAAAAAAAUAUUUAAGCCAAUUCUUGGACUGUUUCAAACAAAAAGCGAAUUACGUAAACAAUAUUUAGCUGAAAAUGCCCAAAAACCUUCCAGCUAUGAAGAGAAUAAUGUUGAGCAACCAAAUAUCGAAACGGAAAUAUCAGCGGAGAGAAAUCCAAUAAUCAACAAACGCAUAUUACUCGAUAUAAACGUUGACGAAAACAAUAACAACAACGACCACACACUUAAUAAUAUCCCUGAAAAGAAUAUUAAAAAUUUGAAACAAAUUUUGCAAACGAUGCCAAUAAUAAGCACAAGUACGAGUGGACGCGUUGCAGUUUUCAGCGACUCAAAUUGUUUAGACUCUAUACACCUGGAAAAGGCGUGUUUUUGGCUAUUGGACGCUAUCUUGGAAUACACCAUGAAUUCAUAUAAAUCGGAAUUACUACAAAAAUUAAAUCGCCUUUCCGAAUUUUAUCCCAACUCUGAGAAUAGUUUACCUCUUCGAUUAUAUAGCAGCAAUUUACAUUUGCACUCUAAGGUGAUUGAUUCAAAUAACAAAUUUCAUAAAAAGGAGACUGAAAAAUGUGAAACUCUCCACUGGCUGAAGCCGCUAGGUGUUAGUUCAGCUGAACUAAAAUUAACUACGAAUCGAUUAAAGCAUAUCGAUUUGAAUUUACUAAAAGCUAAUACAGAUCACAAAGUUGCGGAAUUAUUAAACUCACAUGUUGAAGCCAAAUCGAAUGCCUUGCCAUUGGACGACGACGAUGAAAGAACUAUUAAAAUUUCUUUAAUUUUUAUUAUGCUCUUAACAAGUAUAGUGCUUAUAUUCUUCAUAAAAUGCUUUAGAAGAAAGAGAGGUGCAUAGAGUGUUAGCAUAAAUUUUCAUGAUCAAAAAAAUUUUUAUAUGAUACUAAUUUAAGCAAUAAAAUAAAUUAAA